GCAGCGCCUCAGACAAUUGCGCUGGAAACGAGUUGGACUGAAUAAGAAUGUGCGACAGAUGAGACGCAGAAUGUUCCAGAUAGAUGAUUGACUGAUUGGCAUCGCAAUGAAAUAUUGAACGGCGAUGUCAAACCUCGCUGGAGGAUUUGAUUAGAUUCGUCUCUGAUGCUGCACAAGUGGAACACUCGCAAUCAAUAGACCGUGACUAAACUUUUAAAUGAAAGUGUCCAAUCUCCACCCAGCUCUUGUCAACACCACAACGCUCAGGUAAUUGGUGUAAUCGGUGCGAGCGCUUCCCGGUUCGUCUUCGUCUCGCAGCUGAAUGGCCUCAGCUCACCAAAGGCAACCAGGGAGGGAGAGGAGGAGAGGAGCGAGGUAGAAACUAGGGCACUGUUAUCUGGCCCCUUUUUACCAACCACCAGGCACAAAGCAGAGAAAGAGAAAGAAGGCGCCUCGGACAGGAGAGCAGAGCGAGGACGCCAACAGCGAAGUGGAGCUGGAGACGAGACUGGGAACCUCUGGAGUCAACAACUGCCGCCGAGGACCUGAAGACAAACAACAGAGUUAACCUUGACUGUCCUGCGCAGCCUUUCCAAUCACACACACUCUCAUCUGCGCGCACACACACACACACACACACGUGCAAACACGCGCACACGUCGGGCGGCAACAUGUUUGACGAGCAGGCGACCAAGGUCAAGAUCACGUCGGUGGUGAUCGUGGUGGGCAUGUCGUCGAUGCUGGCGGCGGUGGUGACCGACCACUGGGCUGUGCUCAGCCCCCGAGUGGAGAAGCUCAACGCCACCUGCGAGGCGGCCCACUUCGGCCUCUGGAGGCUCUGCAAGAAGAGCAUCUUCAUCGUGGAGGAGGACCCUCAGGGCAAAGGCUGUGGCCCCAUCAGCCUACCAGGAGCAAAAAACUGCUCCUACUUCAAACACUUUACAUCGGGGGAGGAAGCUGAAGUUUUUGAAGUCAAGACCCAGAAAGAGUACAACAUCUCAGCGGCAGCCAUCGCCAUCUUCAGCUUGUUUUUCAUGAUCCUCGGCUCCCUGUGUGUCAUCUUCUCCUUUGGGAAGGGCAGGGACUACCUGCUCCGGCCUGCUGGGAUGUUCUUCGCCUUCGCAGGCCUCUGCAUCAUCAUUUCUGUCGAAGUGAUGCGUCAGUCCGUCAAGCGUAUGAUUGAAAGCGACGAGACCAUCUGGAUUGAAUACUACUACUCCUGGUCCUUCACCUGCGCCUGCGCCUCCUUCACCCUCCUCAUCCUCAGUGGCGCCGCCCUGCUGCUCAUCUCGAUGCCACACAUGCCCCGCAACCCCUGGGAGACCUGCAUGGACGCCGAGCCCGACACCUUAGAUUAGCUGCAGGCAGUGUAAUGAAACUAAUCUGGUAAAAAACAAAAACAAAAAAAAACACAGCUGGUUUUGCAUAUUUUAGUCCUUUAACUAUCUACAGUGCCAUGAAAAAGUAUUUGCCCUCCUUCUCAAAUUCUUUAUUUUUUUUGGCAUAUUUUCCCCAAUUUAACAUUCAAGAACAUCAAAUAAAUGUAAAUGUCAGACAAAGAGAACCAAAGUAAACACAAAUGCAGUUUUUAAAUAAUGAUUUUUUUUGUUAAAGGGGGAAAAUAUUCAAAGCUACCUGUCCCUGUGUGAAAAAGUAACUUCCCCUUAAAUCUAAAAACUGGUUGAACCACCCUCAGACAACUGUUUUCUAUGACUCUCUCACAUCUCUGUGGAGAUAUCUUGGUCCACUCUUCUUUGCAGAAUUGUUUUAUUUCAGCAACACUGAAGGGUUUUCCAGCAUGAAUGGCCUUUUUAAGUUCCUGCCAGCAUUUCAAUCGGAUUCAAGUCCAGACUUUGACUACGCCACUCCAUAACCUUCAUUUUGUUUUUUUCAAGCCAUUCAGAAGUCGACUUGCUGGUGUGUUUUGGGUUGUUGUCCUGCUGCAGAACCCAGUGAGCUUCAACUUGAGGUCAUGAACUGACGGUUGAACGUUCUCCUUCAGGAUUUUCUGGUAGAGAGCAGAAUUCCUGGUUCCAUCAGUCACAGCAAGUCGUCCAGAUCCUGAAGCAACAAAGCAUUCAGCACCCGGACCAUCACACCACUACCACCGUGUUGGACUGCUGCUAUGAUGUUCUUUUUCCAGAUGUAACGAGACACACAGCUUCCAAAAAGUUCAACUUUCAUCUCGUCAGUCCAUAGAAUACUCUCUCAAAAGUCUUGGGGAUCCUUCAGAUAUUUGUUUCCAAAAGUAAUGUAAGAUGAGCCUUUGUGUUCUUUUUGAUCAGCCGUGGUUUUUGUCUUGGAACUCUGGCAUGGAUUCAUUUUUGCGAACUCUCUUCCUUACUGUUGAGUCAUAAACUCUGAUCUUAACUGAGGCACGGGAGGUCUGCAGGUCUUUAGAUCUUGUCCUGGGUUCCUUUGUGACCUCCUGGAUGAGUCAUCUCUGUGCUCUUGGGGUAAUUUUGGUAGUAAAGGUUCACCGCUGUUCAAUGUUUUCUCCAUUUAUGGAUAAAGUCUCUCACCAUGGUUCUCUGGAGUCCUAAAGCUUUAGAAAUAGCUUUGGAACCCUUUACAGACUGAAGGAUGUCAAUUUUUCUUGAAUUUCUGUGGAUAGCAAUGUUAUGUUGCAGUUUUUUGAGACCUUUUGGCUGAAUUCAUUUUGUCAGACAGAUUCUAUUUAAGUCAUUUCUUGAUUGAACAGGUCUGGAGGUAAUCAGGUGUGGGUGUGGUCAGUGGAAUUGAACUUGCUUUCCAAAAAAUGGGAUUAGCCACAGUUAAUGAUUUAACAAGAGCAGCAAUUACUUUUUCACACAGGGCCAGGUAGGUUCGGAUAGCUUUUUACCCUUAAAACAUUCAAUCACCAUUUAAAAUGGUUGUCUUUGUCUAAUAUUUAAAUUUGUUUGACAGUCUUAAAAAUUUAAAUGGGGGAAAUAUUAAAAAAAAACAAUUCAAGAAGGGAGCAAAUACUUUUCCAUGGCACUGUAUAUCAUGCAUUACUUGUACAGGAAUAAGAAAAGUACACUUUUAACAAUUGAAACUAAAAUAAGAAGUCUAUUUUCCAAGUUGUAAAGCAUUUUUAGUCUGAUUUCUCACCUUCCGUGUCCAUUAGUUUCUGUUCUUGUUAGUAAAACGCUUGAUAAAGCACUUAGAGGAAGGGACUGUGUUUUUGGGGAGUUUAAGAGCUAAGAAAUAAUUAAGCAACCUGUCAAAAAUGGCCUUUAUACCACAUUUUCCAACCUCACACUGUUGUUUUUUUCAUGUAAUUAUUGUUUGAGACAGUUUAUGAACCUACUGUAGCUUAGAAACACAUUAUUGUUUCAUGUUUAGGCCAGAAGUAAUUAAAAGUAAUUAAAAUUUCAAAUAAAUUAUUAUAAGACUACUUGUACUUUUGCAAAUAACUGUUUCUGUAUUUUAUUCUCCUUUUUGGUUAAAUAAGCAGAAAAGCCCAGGAAGGUAUUUUACAGCUAAAAAAUGUCUUUUUUCCUUCACCCACCAUGUCUGUAAGCAUUGUUUUUUAUUCUUUCUCUCCAUAGUAGGUACCUAUAAAAGAAAAAUGUGAGUCUAGGGACAGAGUUAUAUUAAUUUUAGCAUCAUGUGGAAAGUCAGGAGGAAAUGUGAUGCGUCCAUGUCGAUGUUGAUGUGUUUUUUCCCCCCCGAAGACCCUGAAAUAAACGACUGUUAACCUUCA